CUAGAGUUUUCGCUGUUUUUUCGCAUCGGUCGACGUAACCUGAAACCAAGAAACAUUCUCAUCUUAAAAAUUCAAUUUUCCUCCAUCCAACGAAUCUCUGGACGAUUUCUCAACAUAAAACCCAUUAAGACUUAUUCUACACUAGUAGACCCAUCAUGGCACACACGAUCCUCCUGGUGCAAUCCGGCAGUAAUCCACGAACACGCACGUAUUCCGACUACGAAUCAGUCAAUGAAUGCAUGGAGGGCGUCUGUAAGAUCUACGAAGCGCAUUUGAAGCGACGUAAUCCCAACACACCUACCAUAACUUAUGAUAUCUCACAAUUGUUUGAUUUUGUUGAUCAAUUGAGUGAUCUCAGUUGUUUAGUCUACCAGAAAUCAACCAAUACCUACGCCCCUUACAACAAGGACUGGAUCAAGGAGAAAAUUUACAUUUUAUUGCGGCAGGCGGCCGGGCGUUCGGACUGAUUUGACAUUAGAGCUAAUGUGAGGUUAGGUAUGUGUGACUUCAGAGACAAAAUUGUAUUAAAACACGUUAAUUUUAAGUUCUUCUAUGUUUACGACGCAAUUUCAGUGGAUCAUAUUUUUAUUAAUGUAUGCUAGUUAUAAGUUUAAUAAUUAAUAAAUAAUUUGAAUCUA